GCAGCGAUGUUGGCCGGGCCGGGGCCGGGGCUGCUGGCCUUGGCCUUGGCCUUGGCGCCGGCAGGGCUCUGCGCACAGCCGAGGCUGCAGGAGGCCGGCGGAGGGCAGCGAGCGCCCGGCGACUCCGUCACCCUCUCCUGCCGUGGAUCCGGAUUCACCUUCGAGGAUUAUCAUAUUUGGUGGUACCGUCAGGCACCCGGAGGGAGCCCAGAGUGGGUGUCCUUUAUUAGUUUUGAUGCGACAGCUGUUUAUUUUGACCAGUCAGUGCAGGGGAGGGCCAAGAUGUCCCGGGACAAUUCCCGGGCCGAGGUUUAUCUCUCCCUGCUGACCCUGCAGCCCCGCGACUCUGCCCGGUACUUCUGCGCUGUUCACACGGUUAUUGGAAUAAGUCUUAGCAGUGUGAAGACAGAUAAGCUUAUAUUUGGACCAGGGACGAUUCUCACAGUUGAACCAAGCAUUUCAAAAACUUCUGAUCCCAAAGUCAUUGUGAUGAAAUCAAAGAAACUGGAAGGAGGUGGCAGCUCUGGGAAAGCAGCUUGUUUGGCAAAGAACUUCCCUACAAAGUACAUCAGCUUGGAGAUGCCCUCUCAGGAGGUGGUCUAUGAACAGAGCCCAUCCAUUCUGACGUCACAGGGGUUGUACAAUGCAAUUAAAGUGGUCAGGGUGACAAAAGACACAGAGGUGACCUGCACGGCCAAAUUCGGCGACCGCACCAUAACAGCAAAGCCAGAAGCCGAGGCUGAAGAACCAAUAACAGGGUUUGGGGAACCAAACAGAACCAGAACAGAGUCAGGGGCCACUGACAGAGUUUGCAACAGCACAGAGCCCUCAGCACAAGAUGCUGGAGGGCAGAGAGUGAGCAUGCUGACCAUGGCUGUGUUGGGGUUGAGAGUCCUGCUGGCAAAGAGCAUCGCCUUCAAUGCCCUCAUGAGCAUCAAGUUGUUUCUUUUCUGGGACAUGGGCAAUGAACCCAAAGAAGAGCAGCAAAGAGCGUGAACCAGCAGCACAAGGGGUUGAACCAGCAGGGCCAGAGCUGCUGACAGAGACCAGCCAGGACACAAGGCAGCACCUUCCCCUGCAGACAUGCAACACUCUUCACUCCUGCCUGGCCAGCUGAUUUACACUGAAGAGUUUUAAGUGCUUUUGCUCUUUCCUCUCCUCUGACAACUGAGCACAGUGGAUUUAUCCUCAUCCUCCUGCUAAGGAGAUCCCUCCCACUCUUCUGCCAUUUGCACACCAGUGUCCAACCUGCUUCAGUAGCUUUGAAAACUCCAGUGCUCACUGCUGAGAGAUGCCUUUGAGAAGCACCUUUCCCAGGCACGUUGUGUUACUGCCUGAGGAACUGGAGUAGCACUGCUGGGGAAUUCCAGCCCAGAAGCUGCCUUUUGUAGCUUAGGGUUUAGAAUGAUUUAAUAAGUGUGUAUUGCAGAUAAGAAGAGCUCUGUAGAAUCUGAUUUUAUUCAACUAGAUAAUGUUCACUUCUUGAUUAAGCCUGUAUUUCUUCUGCCAAAUGUAUUGCAUGUGCAUUUUAGGUUUCUGCAGUAGGGACAAUAAUAAAGUUCUGCUAGCCCAAAA